GAGGCUGUGUCAGUUUUCCAGCUCACCUCGAACGAAGAAGACGCGUGAUUUCUUGCGGAGUACCGUAAUUCCACUUCUCAAUUUUAUUUAUUUUUGUGUGCUCAAUUUGUGAAGAGGAAAUUCCUGUGUCCCUCAAAAGGUGUGUUCAGUGUGCAUAAAGUGUUAAUGAGAGGUGCCUGGAGAAGGGAGUUUAUCCGUUGGAAUUUGUUAAAUCUUGGAAUAAGCCGUGGCCCGAUUUCCACCUUACAUUGCUGACGCGCACACCUGAAGAUCGGAAAGAUGCCUUGCUCCGCUGUAACACUAUCUUUAGCCACCAUUUUAUCCAUCAUAGCCGUGGCUCUGCUGGCCAUCGCCUUCUCCACCGACAACUGGCUCAGCUAUGAAGUGAAGAGAAAUAAUAUUCAGUCAUAUGCAGCCAAAUAUUCAGAUUCACAAUCACUGUUGGAAAACAUGAACACCAAGUACUAUUUCUACACUAGAACUCGAGGACUGUUCCGGAUAUGUUAUCCCAAAGAGCGACCUCCUUCAACAUCAGUUGAGAUAUACUUAUCACCUGUUGAGACGCAUUGUUCCAAUAUUGACUAUUUCCCGAGCAACAAUGAGGACAAAAUUGUGGCACCAAAUGAUGAUUCGAUGGCGAGACUCCACUUAGCACGCUCCUGCAUUGCACUCUUUAUUCUUAGCUUUGUGGCGGUUUUCUGCGCCUUCUGGACUGGAUUGUCGGGAUGUUGGAAGAGAUCAGCAGGUGCAAUCACAGCAACGGCGAUUCUUAUGCUCUGCGCGUGCCUCCUAGCAGCUGGUGCAAUGGGACUCUGGCACACGGUGGAGUUCUUCGAGAAGGAGAAGGUCGUCGGGGAGGAGUUUUAUCAGCAAUGGAGCACUGUUUUGAGAGACAACACACGAAUUUCCUACGAUUGGUCGUAUAUUGUCGCCUGGGCUGGCGUAGCAUCAAGUCUGGUGGCUGCAAUUCUUCUCUCAGGAGCUGCAGUAUGCCUCCGAAGUGAACGGGAAAAGGAGGAACAACUCAAUCUGCAGUAUCUCAUGCCAGUUUAUCCACAGAAGCAGCCACCAUACCCCUACGGAGCAGGAUACCCACAACCACAAAUUUAUCCAGGACCUUACUACCAUGGCUCACAAUAUGGACCCUACAACUACUGAAAACCAUCUCAUUUUGUGUUGUAAAUAAUCUCAAAACGUCUUCCAUUGGCUCUUCAUCAUCCAAUAUUGUCCAGGAAGUCCACAGGAAUUUUGUAAUAAUCCUGUGCCUUAAGCCGUUAAAAAGACGAAACAGCUACGAUAUAAAUGCCCUCAUUGAGGGGAUGCCUCUAUGUUUUUUUUUUUAAUAAUCAACCUUACUCGUUAGGAUCUACGAAAGACGCGCGAACGACGAAAUAAUAAGCGUAAAGAAAAAAAUAAAGUUGCUAAUCUCUAGUAAUAAACGCAUUAGUUAGAGAGUUUUAAAAAUAAAAAAUUGUGUAAUAAUUCUUAUUAAUUAAAAUGAAAAGGAAGGAAAGAAGGAAUAAAUUGGUGGCCUCAGAAUACGUAAAAAAAAAAAUGAGGAGAACAAGAAAACGAUGGCUUCCCAAAUUGUUCUGUAAAUAUUCAACAUUCAAAUAUUUAUAAUUUUCUAGAAAUAGUUUUAUUUUUUUAAGAGUUUAUAAAACACAAAAAAUUGCGCUCUCAGUUUCCAGUCCUCACAAAAUCCUUCCUCUACCUCGUUUAAAAGCAUUCAAUUGGUUGCAAAUCGUACAAAUAGUAAAAAAAAAGAAAAAGCUUCUCAAAUCAGUCGCGGAGGGACACAGCAUCAAAUUGAAGACUGAAUUGUUGUGUGGUUUUUUUUUAUAUAAAAUGUAAUGGCAAGAGAAUUCAGUGUCUUUAACUCCACUAUUUAUUGCGGUAUCAUUUAGAGAAUUAUGUAGAGAGACGAAUUAGACCUCCUAAGAGAUGCUAAAUUUAUGUAUUUUGGACAAUAAAAUCGAAAUAAAAAACAUUUUUAUAAU